AUGUGUCUUCUCGGUGAGGAGGGUACUGACGUCGAGGCUGAGGAGGGGUGCAGUACAUCUGGCUGGUGGACCAUAAACAGCUUUGAUCGUGGAGAAGAAAUUCUUCGCUUCGUUGCCGUCCGCGUAUCCUUGGACCUCCUAAGCCUUGUGAGCCGUUCACUCAUCCUGCAUCUCGCACAUCCGCUGUUGUAGAAGGCAAAGACUGCGGUAGAAAGCAGCUCUGUUGACAUCGGUGGAGCGGUCGAUGUAGGUUUUGUGUUGGCAGUUCUUCCCGGCGAGCAGGUUGCUGAUGGCGGCGUUGUUGCAAACCGACCGAGGACAGCCAGCGCCGUCGACAUGACCGUGUCCCGCAUUUGA